AAUUGAGGAAGAGUAUAAAAUUAAAAUCAGGCUAGAAUCUAGUUGACGAUCCUUACCAAAGUGACAAAUGGAAGAUCAUAGAGCCUCCCUUCUCAAAGCAACAGAUGAGAAGCUGCAGCUGUAUAAGCAGGCCUUCUCUGCAGACAGUAAAGUGCCAUUCUGGGACUUGGUUGUGCUGACAGCUGGUAAUGAGGAGCAGAAGAAGUCAUUCCAAGAGCAGAUAGAGAUCAAAACAAAGCGCAAAGAGAUACCCACUUCUGUUAGGUACCUGGUGUUCUGUGACCCCCCAGGGGCCAAGAUAGGCAAUGGAGGGGCGACAAUGCAUGUGCUGCAGGAGUUGGAACAGCUGCUUGGCUGGGAGAAGAUGAAAAUUGCCAAGGUGCUCCUGGUCCAUGCUGGAGGCUACAGUCAGCGGCUGGCCAGUGUCAGUGCUGUGGGGAAGGUGUUCAUGACUCUACCAUGUGGCGAGUCGCUAGGUAAUUAUCAGAUGCUUGAUGUCCUGCUAAUAAUGUACGCUGACCUUCCCACAAGAAUGAGCCCUGGGGUGUUUCUGGUUUCUUCCGAUGUUCUCUUUCUCUACAACGGAAUAGGAGAUUGGAACAUGCGUGAGCCGGGGGUAACGGCCAUAGCCCAUCCUGCCCCCCUUGACCUUUGCACCAACCACGGUGUCUUUGUGUUCAAGGACGUCAAUGAAGUGUGGGACAAAUACAACAAAGAUCGUUCCCGUCCAGCUUGUAUGGGUGAGGUCAGUCGGUUCUUGCACAAGUGCAGCUUGGAGGCGGUGAAGAAGGGUGGUGGUCUCAUACCCGGCCAGAAUCAGAUCUAUGUGGACCUGGCUUAUUGGUUUGACUUUGACACUGUCAAAAAAAUGAUCAAGUUCUACUCUGACCACCAACCUCUUGACUGUGAGAUUGAUGCUUAUGGUGACUUCCUACAAGCACUGGGGCCAGAGGCAACCCCUGAGUAUUGUGAGCGUACGGGUCAUGUGUCCGUUGCCACGGAAACCCUUGUUGAGACCAGGAAGAAACUGUACCAGGUGCUUAGGGACACUCCCUUCAGAGCAGUCGUAUUAAAUGAGGCCCAGUUCAACCACGUCGGAACCACGAAAGAGUAUCUUCAUCAUCUCUGCUACAACCACACUCUGAUGGAGUCCCUGCACUUCAAGACGGAGACCACAGUACAAAGUAUCUCAAACACUGACCAAGAAUCGGAGAAGGAGCCAACAGAAAAGAGAAUGAAGUUGGAGCCAUUCCAGAACUGUGCGAUCAUGUGCUCUCAGUUGAACAACAGGGAGAGUAUACAAAUAGGGCCGGGGAGUGUGGUGGAGUACUGUGUGGUUGGUGAGGGGGUAAAGAUUGGGACCAACUGUGUUCUGAGUGGACUCACCAUCCCCGCUGACUCAGCAGUUCCAGACUCCUCCUUUCUACACACUCUACCAGUGAGCGUGGACGAGAAAACCUGUUACACAACAUUUGCUUUUGAUAUUUCGGACAGCAUGAAGACGUGUACAGAUCCCCCAUUGGACUUGCCAUUCUGCACCCUCACAGUGGGAGAGGCCAUUAAGCGUCUUUUGCCAGAUGAUCCUGACUUUGUGGUGUGGCCAAAUAAGACUUCGAAGUGCUCCCUGUGGAAUGCUCGCCUCUUCCCUGUGUUCCCUAACAGGGAGCUCUCCUCACAGUUUGCAAUUGAAACAAUCAGGUGUCUCAAGGACACCACUCAGAAACCACCUCAAAUGGAUGUGAAGGGUUUGAGGAUGUUCUCUGUACUGGACAUGCUGCAGAACAAGUCACUGAAGACUCUCCUAUCUUACAGCAAUCAAUUACGAGAAUACAGCUAACAUUGACACUUAUCUUUUACUAUUUUUGGCCCUGGACGUAAUUUGUGCUACGUAUGAACAAAACCAGAAGUACAUGACAAAACAUAGAUAAAAUAAACUAUUCUAAAA